CCUCUGUUUGUGGGCCUCCCGUACCUCUCGUCUCCGGCAAAGAGAAAUUUGCGCCCCCCUCCGCGCAGCAGCGAACCUCGGAGAUGGCGGCGGCGGCCGACGAGGCGUGGUGCCGGGAGACCUUCCCUCAGGUGAUGGAGCUGGUGAGCCCGCGCCUUCCUCAGCGCGACGCCUGCGCCCUGCUCUCCAUCAGCCCCUGGUGCCACCGCGCCCUCACCGCCAACCCCAAGCUCUGGGAGGUACUUGACCUGCAUGAGAUGAAGAACGCCGGCGAACGACUUAUUUCAGCGCUUUCACUGGCAAGGUAUUGUCAUCUUAAAGUACUUAACCUUGAAUUUGCUCAAGAUAUUGAUGACCGACAUUUUCUUCAACUAAAAGAAAUGGGUGCUAUCUUACUAGAAGAAUUGGAAUUCCUGAACCUAAAUGCAUGUCAGAGGAUCUCUGAUAACGGAAUUGAAGCUGUUACCAGUCUUUGCCCUAAUCUUCGAGCCCUGUCUAUCUAUUGGAUUGUUGGAUUAACAGAUGCAAGCAUUGAACACACUGUGAAGAACUGCAAAAGGAUAAUAGACCUAAAUCUGAGUGGCUGUAAGAAUAUAUCAGAUAGAGGCAUACAUUUAGUUACUGAUAAUUAUCAAGGAUUACAAAAGUUGGACAUAACCAGGUGCAUUAAGUUGACAGAUGAAUCUUUGCAAGAAGUUCUUCAGAAAUGUUCUGCUCUUGAAAGCUUGAACCUUUAUGCCCUUUCAAGUUUUACCGACGAGGCUUAUACAAAGAUAGGAAAUUUAACCAGACUUACUUUUCUAGACUUAUGUGGGGCCCAGAAUCUAACUGACGACGGUCUUACCUGUAUAUCAAGAUGCGGAAGUUUGACAUAUCUCAAUUUGAGUUGGUGUGUACGUGUUACUGAUGUUGGGGUCAUAGCUAUCGCACAAGGUUGUCGGUCCCUUGAACUACUAAGUUUAUUUGGAAUACUUGGGGUAACUGAUACCUGUCUGGAGGCUUUGUCAAAAUCUUGCUCAAAUAGUCUCACGACUCUAGAUGUAAAUGGAUGUACUGGUAUUAAGAGGAGGAGCUCAACUGACCUGAUUCAGAUGUUUCCGUUCUUGAGUUGCUUCAAGGUGCACAGCUAGCAACAACAUGGAUAUUUGCUACAAUUAUCAUUAUCCCAUUUGUCAUUUAAAGCGUCCGAAAUUUCUUGCUCUGGAAAAAUGGAGGGGCAGUUUUUGCCGCCUACUGCUUGUUUGUAUGUUGAUGAGUUCACAUAACUUGCAUACAGUGAUGCGUGUCAUGUCUCAUUACGAAAUUUGGAAGCCGUGGAGUUGAUGUUCUUGUUGUUUUAACACUGACAUUAUUAGUCAGUGUAACACUUAUGCGGACGGCUCAAUUUUGUGUUAAGUGAGUAUCUAUUUUUUUAAUGCUAACUAAGUUUCUGUUAA